UUCAGCUGUGUGUCGAUGGCGAAUUUGAAGAUAAGCUGUCGUGUGUCUGACUGUCCGCGGUACCCGGCGAAACGCGUUCCUGCGUCUGCCAGGGUGUGUGUACACCCGAAGGGGGGUUAGCGUUUUCGUCACCGCCGUCGCCUAGCAAACAAUCUGUGACUGAGUUUUCCUCGCUCUCGCAAGUCUUUCUGUCUCGAGAAAGGGGACGUAGGAGAGCGAGUCGAAGAAGUUGUGCCUUUGCAUCUCCGGCGUCUUCGAGGCUUCGCGAAGAAGCGAAUCCGUCUGUGAAGCAGAGCUUGUCAUCUCGUCCCCGUCUUACUCCUCAGAGCCUCUCGUGUCUUUUCUUCUUCUUUCUUGCCUCUUCUUCACAGAGAUACACAGGUACGGGAGGGAUGCACGCAAGUGCCUAAGGCUGAGUGAUUGCAGAGGCUUCUUUUACCUUAUAUCGGCCUCUGCCUCUCUCGAAUGCGUUCCCCUCCGAAGCCUGCAGUGUACAGACACCUUGUCAGGUCUGGGAAUCUGCCUUCCGUCUCCUUCUCUCCACCGCUCGAGCCUUCUCAGCUAAGAAGAAGAAUAACUCCAUGUGCGUGAAAGCUUGUUUUUUCGGGGCUUCUCUCUUGAUCGUCUGAACCUUCGAGGGAGGAAACAACGUGGACCUAAAUCUAGGAACUCCGACGAGUUUCUCCGGUGCAUGCACCCAGCAGGUGUAUCAAAUACUGUCUCUGCAGGUGACCGUCUCUUGCUCCGUUUGCGUCUGCGACUUUCUCCGCGUGACUGUCUGUUUCAAGCACACGGGCCUCGCGGAAGACACAGAAGCGGCGAAGGCUCUCGGCCUCUCUCGCCUCGCUGGCUUCCCGCCGUUCGUCUCCUUCUGCUGGAGCGCCUGCGUCUUUGAACUCGCUCGUUGAGGUGUGCAUACACUGCACACCACGGGUGUUGGGUGUCUGCGAGCCAGAAGGGAAUCUCGGCCCGUCUUCUCUCGCGUGUCUUCUGGACGAGUGCUGCGGCUGCAUGAUGUCGUGGAAAGCAGCAGUGUUUCUACGUGCAGUGAGUGGGGACUGCUCUUCCAGAACAAGCCGAAAUCAUGGAGACGCAAGCAGCUUCUCUUCAGUCUCCUCUUGCGCUCGCCACGCAGAAAGCCGAAGCGCAGACAGUGCGAAACGCGUCCGCGGGAGCCGACGCCUCAGAUCCGCGCAGCCAGCCGUCAAGUGUACAUACACCCGGCGAAGAGGGGUGGUGUGAAGGCGCCUCCGCCUCUCUCGGCGACCGUCCAGCGAAGGCUUCUGCAGCAAGAAACGGGAAGAGUGUCCGCUUUUCUUCUUCGAGCGACAGAGAGACGUCUCCUGUCGUUUCUCUUGAUACCGCGACUUCCGCUGAGGACAUCCACAGGCGCCAGAGUCACCGAAGUCAAGACCGAGGAGAGGCAAACGAGAAACGCCCCUGCGGAGCGUCCGCCUCUUCCUUAGCACCCUCCUGUCCAGGCGAAGAACCUCGAGACAGCGAACGUGGAGACAUAGGACGCCGAGACGAAGAACUUGGAAACGAAGGAGGUGAAGGUGCAUGGGUUUCAGGAGGAGACGAUGGAGGCGGGAGGAAGAGAGUUGUUCUGCGCGAGAGAGCAGGGCCUCUCUCUGUGUGCCUGCCGAGAAGUCCGGAAGAGCGAAUCAACGCGCUGUUGAGUCUGUCUCUGGACGAAGCCGCAGCGGCGAUGAACGCGGACGCCCGGCGUCUUCGAAACGGCAGAGGCACAGCGCGAGCUAUUCGCCAAAUCACACCACAUGGAGAAGACGCAGAGGUUGCAGGAGGCAUUUCGAACUCUCGCAGUGUUCUGGGGCAAAGUCUGAGCGCAGGGUUGAGGCGACCGCGGAUUCGAGUUGCCACGAGAGAGAAUCGACAUGAAGAAAUACACGAUGAAGGAGACGAAACGCUCGACGAAGCAGAAGAGGAUGACGCUGACAUCGCCCCGUGGCUGCGAGCUUUCAGAAAAACGCUUCUCCUUCCUCUCAGUGUUGGAACGCGUGGAUGGAAAUGCCUUGACCGCGUCGAAGUUGGCGAACCCCUCGCGGACGCAGCCUUGCUGGCCUUCGCGGGCUCGCGCGGCUUGUCAGAGACAGACAUACGUCUGCUCUUCGAGCCGUUCCACCCCACAGCGGUGCUGCAGCUGGUCCCUCCUCCCUUCUUCCUCGUGCUCUUCCCCUCCGCUGCGGCGGCGCAUGCGGCGCUGCACCAACGCGGCGAAAACUGCAUGCAUCUGCUUUCCGCGGGAGCAGAGCAGCUCCGACGGCUCCAGGCAGAGGCCGUCGCCUCGCGGGCCGCAGCCAGGCGCCGCCUCACAGGGAGGCGGCGCAUGCGUGACAAGAAGUUCGUUCAAGAGAGAAAAGGAGGUGACGGCCGAGGGAAGCCUGGAGAGCGAGGCAACGAGGCCACCGGGGGGGGACUGCGAGCAGAGGGAAAAGAAGAGGAGGAAGAAGGGAUGACUGUUGACAUGCAGAUGGAAAAGGAGACAGGGACAGCGGAGGAAAAUGACGAGAAUGAGGAGAUGGAGGAAGGCGAGGUUGAAGACGAAGAAGAAGAAGGGCAGAAAGAAACAGCAGUGGAUGAAGCAGAUCUUCCAGAGGUAUUUUGGCUACUGGGAGAUGUCGAAACACACGUGGGCUCGAAAGCAACAGAAGAAUUCAAACGACAAGCUGAGUGCUGGAGACGAACGCUGCCGAUUCUGCCUGUUUCGUCGCCGCGGACUGCAACGCGUCUGCUGCUCCGGGUGGCGACAGCGCAGGAACUGGAGCGCUGCGCCCAAGCUCUGUCGUACGCUGCUGUUUUUUCGAGUCCCAGUGCUCUCCCGUCUCGCCCGUUUCACAGAGACUCGCCGACGCAGAAUUACAGGCAACUUCCGACCAGCGCCCCGGCAGAAGCAAACACACUCAGCCUCUCGGCUCUUCCUGGCCUCUCUCCCGCCUCCAUGCACGAGGGAGAAAACGGGAACGGAACGCCGCGCUUCUGCCGUUCGACUCCGAGCUGGACUUCCAACUUGUCUGCCGACGCUGUCGGAAAAACGCUAAGGAAGGAAAGGCGAGAGAAGGGAAGGGAGCCGGAGACAAAAAUCGCCCGCGACGCCAGAGGACACCCACGCCUCAAUGCAGGCCGAGACUUCGAGGAAGAAAACGACCGAACGAGAGGAAGGAAAAACCUCGAAGAAGCCGAACUUCAACGCGACCAAAAACUCUUGACAACACUUGGCGGCGAUUUUCGGUCGCGCGUUCUUCACCAGCGGGGCGGCCCGGACCUCGGCAAGGAGUCUGCGGGCGUCUGUCAGCCUUCCGUAGACAAGUGCGGCAAGGCAGCAUCUUCGGAAGCGGAUCGGGAAAGAAGUCUGUGGAGCAAGAGAUUGAAAGAGAGAGGCGGGCGUUCCCAUGGCUUGCUCAGCCGUUUCAAAAACGUCUCUUCACCUCGACCGGCAGAGUCCGCGAUUCGCCGGGUUUCACCAUUCUCUCAUUUUCUGCUAACGGACGGCAGGGAACGAUCCGUUCCGCGUUCCGCUUCGCGUUUCUCGCCUCGGUUUUCUCCUGGAGUUUCGCGUCGCGUUGCUUCGGCGAGUCGAAGAACAGACGCGAGAGCAGACAAGUCGCAGUUCGCGGAGAUCCGCAGCGGCUCUCACUGGGGGGGCAGAGAAGGUGACUCAGACAGAGGAAGAAGACGAAGUCGUAGCCGUGGUGACGAACAACGGGGAAGAAGACUCCCUGUGGAGAGGUCGCGAAGGUUUUUCGCGCGAAGUCGUUCCCGAGACCACGCCCGCCUCUCAUCCCCCGACAGGAGCUCGUCCCGAGUGCGUAGUUCCUCAAGAAGGAAAGCCAUCUGGAGAGGGCAGUCUCGCGAAAAGAUCUAUGAAUCAAGGAAGCGAAACCUUUCUGCAGCGUCGAACACAGUCAACGAAUGGCGACGGAAGCAUUUCCGUUCCAAGCAGAGUGACUGAAGAUGAACUGUAGAGCUCGCCUGCUUCUGCAUUUCCGACGAAGAGACCAUUCUUUUUCGGCGUGGCUGGUGUUUCGAUGCAUGAGGAGAGGGGUGCAGAGUUUCUGGGCGAAGGCGACGCAGAAUCGUCCGACACGCGACCUGGGGGUUGUGGAACGAGUAAUCCCUUGAUCGGCGCGCCUGUGAUUUUUCUAAUCCGGGACGGUCUUUUAGGCGGGAACGACUCCACUGAAGAUCGACACCUGCGGGUUCUCGUUCUUCACUGCAAGAGUCAAGACGUUUUCAAGAGCUGCUGUGUUGCGGCGUGCAUGCGUCACGGGAAAAGCAUUGCAGACUGGAAAGGUCUCCUUUUUGAUUCGUUUUUUCGGUGGAGACAGUGUCACUUGUUGCAGAGACUUGACAGCUUUCUGUACAACUAGUUUUAUGUGCCGGCUUCGAAAAAGGGCAUAAAGUGGUUUGACUCAUAUACGAGGAGAGAAGGCGACGUCGUGCUGUGGUAAAAAUGAUCCAGGGGGCUCUGUUCGCCCUUUGGGAGGCCGAGACGCGUUCUGCACGUGGUCCUGCGUAGGUCGCGUGUGAGAGGAUGAAUCGAAUUAAGUAUGGGAGAGUUUCAGCGUUCGUCGUUAAACGAUGAGUAGAAAAAACAACGUUAAGCGCCCGUUUCCAGCCUCGUCAGAAAUGUGCCUCAGCUGCAUGCAGCGGGAAUGUGGAAGCGCGCAACCAGUGGCGGUUUCAUAGAUGCGAAGAGUCCACACAAACUGCAUUUUACAUCUACAUUUGACGAAGAGCAGUAUGGAUGAUCCUCGUUUGAUUCUACCUGUGAAUUCUCGACCGGUAGCAAGGGUCGCGUGGGGAGACACCCUGUAAUAGUUCGGAUACUGCGUUCGACCCAAGCGAUGAGAGACAGGCAAACGACGGAUCGC